AUGGACGGCAUUUCCGCGGACCAGCUGGCGGAAUUCGCGCAGACGUUCUCCAUGUUCGACCCCAACGAUCGUGGUUACUUCGUACGAGCGGACGUGCAAAGGGUUCUGGCACAGGUGACGAGCAAAGAGCUCUCCGUAGCCGAGCUGGAGGACAUCAUGAGCGAGUACGACGUCGAGGGCGACGGCGAGAUCACGUUCGACAUGUUUCUAACUGUUCAGGUCAGGAAGAUGAAAGACAGCGACUUCGAAGAACCGGCGCGCCAGCUAUUCAAGCUGCUUGGGAAGGGGAAGGACGAUGGGCUGCGGCCGAAGGAGCUCGCGCGGCUGUUGGAGAAGGUCGGCGAGAACCCGGAAGCCAGUCAGGUCGAGGAGCUCGUUCAGAUGGUGGACGAGGACGGAAAGGGCCUGGUGGAGCUGGAUGAGCUGAAACGCCUCCUCGCAGGAUCGGACGAGCUGUACCGGAAGCUGAACGAUGGCUGA